CAGAGAGAAAUGCUGAAGGGGUGGGCUGGGCGAAAAUCUCCCAAGACUUCCCGAAAGUUCUUGAUAUGACAGCUAGGUCAGCAAUCGUCUGUGUGCAGACUCGGGUAUCACGAGGUGUGUCGCUCGCCCUGCAGUGAGCUAUCCUUGCCAAGCUCUCACCAGGGACGAUGGAAUCCAUGAACAUGCUUCUAGUGCUGUUCAUGGUCACAGUUCUCUGCUGUGUUAAGGUAAAAAGCAUAUCCCAAGAUGAAGUAGACGAGAUCGGCCAGUCCCUCCGCAUAAAAUACGACGUUCUUGACAAUUUCAUCGACGCAGACAAGAAAUACUUAGCCCGCGUUACCCUUAGCAACACUGGACGGCUGAACAUCACUAGAGGCAAUUGGGGGCUGUAUUUCUGCAGCAUACGUAUCAUAGAGCCAGACCACCUCCCGCAUAACCCUAGCGGUUACGUUAUACCGGGAGGAUCUGGGAUCAAAGUCACUCAUGUGAAUGGCUGUUUGCAUAAGUUGGAGCCGACGAGUGCGUUUAAGGGUGUGGCCACAGGGCGGGAACUGGUACUAGAAUUCAAGGUGAAAUAUUUCGCAGUUGCCCGUACCGAUAUUCCCCCAAACUGGUACAUCGCCGCACCUUCCCUGAAACCCCAGAUAAUCAACAACACUGCAGGCGGGGCACUAGACUUUGUCGGUGACUUUAAAACCCCAAGACAAUACAAGCGCUGUACUGUGGAUAAAUAUCACCCAUAUUCACCCGAAGAGAGAUACGAUAAGGUGGAUAUUGAGGAUUUGGGUGAAGCGCCGUUGCUGCUUGUUCCCUCGCCGGUCUCGAUUACAGGACCUUGUGGGACAUCAAGGGUGGUCUUGAACGAGAGCGAGUGGAGGAUUGUUUAUGAUGAGCCUCUGACCGAAGAGGCAGAGUACUUGGCAGAGAAACUUAACCUGACAAAAGAAAUGAAAGGUUCAAGCAAGACCCAAAGAUCAGUAAUCAGACUUUCUAUCGGUUCCCCUGUGGUUAUGGUGGACGGAAAGCUAUCGAAUAGCCUUGAGGCAUAUAAACUUGAUGUGAAUGAAGACCCAAGUGUUGUCAUAAUAGGGAAGGGUAGAGCUGGCGUGUUCUACGGUAUUCAGACCCUCCUUGGGAUUAUUGAUACAAACAAUUCCAUUCCUAGCAUAUUGACAAUAAGAGACUCCCCCAGAUAUGAGUAUCGCGGUAUGCAUCUCGAUGUUGGCCGGAACUUCAAGACGAAAGAGACCGUUAAGAGACUCCUGGACGCCAUGGCAACCUACAAGUUGAAUAAGUUUCACUUUCACUUAACUGAGGACGAGGGAUGGAGACUUGAAAUCCCUGGGCUGGAAGAACUCACUUCGGUGGGUUCUAAGCGCUGUCACGAACUCAAGGAGCAGGAGUGUCUGCUCCCUCAGCUCGGCUCGGACCCAAACGGAUCUAAGGUCAAGCAGUUUUACAGCGUGCUCGAUUACAAAGAGAUCUUGGAGUACGCCGAGAAAAGACACAUCGAAGUUAUACCAGAGAUCGAUAUGCCAGCUCAUAGUCGUGCAGCCAUAAAGGCGAUGGAGGCGCGCUACCAAAGAUUUAAAAAGAUCGGUGAUGACAACAAAGCUCAGAAAUAUCUGCUUACAGAACCAGGUGAUCCCUCGCGAUACAUUUCCGUUCAAUGGUUCACCGACAACGCAAUAAACCCAUGCAUGGAAUCCACAUACACUUUUGUGAAACACGUGGUCAAAGAGAUAGUGCGGAUGCACCAACAUUUCCAAAAGCUAAAGAUGUUUCACUUUGGCGGCGAUGAAGUAGCCCACGGCGCUUGGACCAACUCCACCGCGUGCAAAAAUUUUGCGAGAAGACUUGGUCUGAAGUUCUCUUCUGCGGAUAUUGUUGACAAGUUAAAGGAAUACUUUGUCCAGAGAGUCGCGAAUAUCACAAAGGAUGAAAGCCUGGAUCUUGGAGGCUGGGAGGACGGAAUGCUAGGCCCAAAGUUUGUACCGUAUGACAGGGAAAGUAUCAAGAGCUCCCAAGUGUUUGCUUACGCGUGGAGAGGAGGGGGUCAACGCGCGUAUAAUCUCGCUAACGCUGGUUAUAAGGUCAUUCUAUCCCAGGCCACCCAUCUCUACUUUGAUCACCCGUACGAGCCUGAACCGGAGGAGCGUGGGUACUACUGGGCCGCUCGGUUCACGGACACUCGUAAAACAUUUGGGUACCUUCCGGAAGACCUGUACGCCAACGUAAAGGUGACGAAAUGGGGAGAGCCAUUAGACCGGACGGCUUUAUGCAAAGAACCCAACUCCUGUCCUCCCCUAAACAAGACAGAAAACAUCUUGGGCAUGACGGGGGCCCUGUGGACUGAAACUGUGCGAACCGCUGACCAGAUGGACAGCAUGGUUUUUCCACGUCUUCUGGCACUAGCAGAGCGCGCGUGGCACAAGGCAUCAUGGGAAGAUGUUAAAGAGGAAGAGGAGAGAAAUAGAAAAGAAAAGGAGGAUUGGGAAAAGUUUGCUAAUUUUCUUGGGUAUAAAGAACUUGGAAGACUUGACAAGAUGGGCAUUAAAUACCAUAUCCCUGUCCCUGGGGCACGAGUGGAUGGCUCGAAAGUCAAGGUGAGGACUGUGCUACCAGGCCUUCCAGUCCACUUCUCUACAGAUGGCGAGGUUACCUGGCUCAACAUCACAGAUUCGACUCGGGUGACUGGAAAAGUAAAACUUGCUACAAGGUCAGCGGAUGGUUUGCGUCUGAGUCGGAGCAUCGACUUUACUGUGGAAUCAAGUGCUUCUAAACGUGUCAGCAAUUUCGUCUUUGCUUUUUCAGUUGUCCUUUUCACACGGAUGAUAUCACAAUAAGCCAUUUAUCUGGAAAGCAAAAGCUGGACACUCAAGAAUAGAAGGAAACAAGGAUGUAUUUAGGGAAGAGAGUCUUGGUGAUUUAUUUUCUUAAAGCCGCAUUGUCACCAGUUUACUUCCGGAGGUCCGACGGAAACCUCAACCGAAU